CCCCACAGUUAUCCUAGCCUAUCGGCUGAACGCCAUACCACUACCUAGUUGCAUCUAUCCAUUACAUUCUCCUGGAGGCCGACUGGAUGGGUGAUUUGCAUCGUCGAAGUGAUCAUGAGCGCCAUCGAGGCCCUUUAUAUCUUCGAUGAGCACAACGACCUGAUCCUGGAAGAAGUGUAUCGGGGAAGACCGCCGCCCGCAACAGUACUGCUGCCGCUGUACCUUGCUCACCCGACACCACGUCCUUCUCUUCUUUUUUUCCCAGAUACCAACCCAUCAUCCUUAGUGUAUUCGGUGAUUCAAGAUCGCCUGUUGUUUUUGGCAGCAUGUUCUUCGGACGUUGAACCUCUACUGGUCUUAGAAUUCAUCCAUCGGGUUGUUGAUGCCUUAGAGGACUUCCUGGGAUCGCCCCUAUUGGCAUCCAAACUCGAGGCAUCGUAUGAUGUAGUGGCACAGCUAGUACAGGAGAUGUGCGAUGGGGGACUUGUGUCCACAACUGAGCCGAACGCACUGCGAGAAGUCGUCGAAUUACCCACGUGGACGAAUAAGUUCUUGGGUAGCGUUGGAUUGCCCAGCGCCUCGCCAUCAUUAACGGCCUCUUCCACGGGUUCAUUUGGCAUACAAAGGCCACAAUUGAAUCGCCCAGUAACGAACCAAGUCUCGCCCGUACCGUGGCGACGAGCAAAUGUCCGCCACACGAGCAAUGAGCUAUAUGUUGAUAUUGUAGAAACGCUCAAUGUCACUAUCGCUCCCUCGGGCCGGUAUCUAUGUGCCAUCUCUGCUGGAACCAUCGCUUUCACGGCUAAAGUGUCUGGCGUUCCUGACAUGCUGCUUUCAUUAACCGCACCUGGAGGUGUGAAAAACAUCGUCGCUCUUCCAGCAUUCCACCCAUGUGUACGGCUCGCUCAUUGGAAGGAGUCUCCCGGGACCUUAAGUUUCGUUCCCCCUGAUGGACGGUUCAUCCUAGCUGGGUACGAGGUCGAUCUUCUAGGUGACGAUCCCCAAACACUGUCAUCCCUGACAGCAAAACAGCCACAGAAUGUCAAUCUGCCCUUAACUGUUGAUGUACGCACAGGUCUUGGUCCAUUAGGCUCAGACUUCGAGAUCAAACUCAACGUGUCGCAGCGCUUCAAGUCGAUGAUACAAUCGACCACUGCAAAUACAUCUUUGGGAACUGGGUUCCCAACUAGAGGACCUCGUGCUGUUCCGGCGUUCGGAUCAAGUACAGGUGGAACGUCAAGCCAUCCGACUGUCGAGGAGGUAAGCGUACUUGUCUCGUUACCUAGCGCUGUUCGAAACAUUGCAGAACUUAAAGCGUCGCGAGGAGAGGCGCAAUACUCUCCUGGAUCGGAUGCUAUUCACUGGAUGUUGCAUACCAAAGAAGUUACUGCAAUGUUGACUGGUGUGAGUCUCACUUCUGCGACAUUGACUGGCACAGUUGUCGGCGAAAGCGAGCAGGAUCAUGAUGAUACAGUCGCGGAGAUCAGGGAUGACACCUGGGAAUACAACGAAGAGGUUGAUGCUGGUUCAUAUCAAGCAUCGACGCUCCAGCCAUCAGCAUCCAAAUCAGCACAAGAUAGAAUGCACGAGAGAGACCUCGCGAAAGUGAAGAUGAACCAGGUACUCAUGCCAUCUUCAACUUCAAUCAGCUUUCAGGUCAAAGGAUGGCUUCCAAGUGGGAUACGAGUAAAUGGUCUUAGUAUAGACACCAAGAAAAGUCGAGGAUUAGGGGCAGGCGUCACGCCAUAUAAGGGCGUUAAAUACUUGACAGUCAGCCGGGGAGGGGUCGAAGUGCGUUGCUAGCUAGACAAAUGGAAUUCACGGUAUAAUUUAUAACAUUCACCGUGUGC